CGCCACGCGACAGUUGGGAAUGGUGGAUCCGGGCGAGCGAAAGUGAUAAGCGACCUCUGCAACAGAGAGGAUUGGCAGGCUUUUGUCCAUUGCUUGAUCGGUCGAGGCUGGAUCAUACACAAGCGGUCCACUGCCCAACAAAUAGAAACGGCCUUCAUGGUGAAGAUGGCCAGCAGCCGCGGCCAUGCUUCAGGUCAGGGUGCCAUCACCCAACAUUCCUCGAGCACCUGUGAUCUUGGAUGGUAUCCGUUCUGCAACCAGCCUUAUUGACUAUGGUGGAACGGUUGCGAGCCUUACCUCGAAGCCUUCCAAUGAUGGUCAUACUGACCAGUCCAGAUGGCCAACAACUUUGUGCUGACACGAUUCCCGUUGACGUCGAGUGCUAAAUUCAGAUGCUGGAUCUGGUUGGUGAUGGUUGGAAAGAGAGAAUGAACUGGUGACAAGGAAAGCCAUUGGGUGAGCCCGAAUCUGCUAUAUGAAGCACGUAUUCCUUGAGGGUGCAGGUGCGCACACGUGGUGCUGUAUAAUCCCUGAAAUCGUACCUGCUGCUGCCAUGGAUGGCGAUACUGGUGGAGGUUCCUUCUCAGACGGUUCUCUGGGGUUGAAUCUGGAUUUUCUAUGAUCCCCUCUUCCAACAAUUUUCACUCCCUCAGAUUUUCUGAGACUUAGGAGAUGAGGUAGCUACGUACUGCUACUUGAGAG